AUGAAAGCUAACGUGAAUUACUCUACUGAAAAGGGCCAGCUCACUGUUGUCAAGGACGUUCCACUCCCCGAAUUGUCCGAUGAUGAGAUUCUCAUCAAGUCCGUGGCUUUCGCUGCGAACCCUACAGACUGGAAAAGCAUUGUCUGGGGUUAUGGAAUUCCAAACGCCAUUUCGGGCUCGGAUGUAAGCGGUAUUGUCGAAAAGGUCGGUAAAAACGUCACUGGUUUCGAGAAAGGUGAUGUGGUGUCGUCGAUGCUUAGAACAGGUUCCUCGACCACCAAUGGUGCAUUCGCUGAGUAUGUUGUGGUUUCUCCGAUCACCACCAUCAAGUUCAAGAACGGAAAAGACUUCCAAAAGGAACCUUUGAAACCUGGCUUGCAUCCUGCUGCUGUUACCACUACGUUUGAGGGUGCUAGCAGUCUCAACUUGGCAUUGGCGACGGUAGUGUUGAGUUAUUCCUACGGCCUCAAGAUAAAAAACGAUCCUUCCUCUCCCAAAACCAUCUUGAUUUGGAGUGGAGCAUCGUCCGUGGGCGUGCUUGCCAUUCAAGUUGCAAAAAAGGUGUUUGGCUUGAAGGUGAUAACCACUGCGUCGAUCAAGCACGAGCAAUUCUUGAAGGAAUUAGGUGCCGAUGCUGUGUUUGAUUACCGAGACGCCGAUGUGGUAAAGAAGGUCAGAGCCUAUGCCAAUGGUUCUAUUGCCUAUGCUUACGACACCUUCUCGGAAGUCUCUUCCAUGCAAGCCAUCUACGAUGCUACUGCUGACUCUCCACACGUUGCGAUCGACAACCUUUUGAGUAUUCAGCCUGAACAGCUCACCUUAACUGAUGGCAGAAGUGUUUCCUUUUCCUACACGCUCGUCUACCAAGCCUUUAAGAUCGACUUUCAGUCAGGUAAUCUCUUCUCUCCAUAUACUCCGGAAUUGGGAGAAAGCUUUGAUGCUCUCUGGGUCAAAGUCCAGGAGUAUCUUCCUGAGAUCAAGCACCAUAACUUGCAAGUGUUGGAGCCUGGAUUGGAGACCACUAACCAGGCGUUGGAAUUGUUGAGAGACAACAAGGUCAGCGGAGCCAAGCUUGUGUGGCAUAUUUGA